UACAACACAAACCCUCCAUUUUUUUGAGCAUGUAUUGCCAACCCUCUUUUUGCAUGGAGAAAUAGUUGUUACUGGUCUUGUGCGAUGAGCGUGCAUAAGCACAUUAAAGGAUAGUCCCAUGAUGUUGUUUCUCUGGCCAUAAAAGGCAUAUUUACAUCGUAUUGAUUAAAGAGAAUUAGUUCUCGGUACAAGCUGGGGAGUUGGAACGCCUAGGAGAACCGAAAAGAAUGAAAAACGAAAAGAAAGCGUGGGUUUGUUUUACGAGCUAAAGCGAUAUAUACAUGAAAUGAAGGCACACUGACACAUCAACUCCAUCUUCUCCAAUUCUGUAAGAGAGCCUAUCUUGACUUCAGAGAGAGAGAGAGAGAGAGAGAGAGAGAGAGAGAGAGAGAGAGAGAGAGAGAGAGAGAGAGAGAGAUGAGUUCUGAAGCAAGAGAUAAGCCUCAUGCAGUGGUCAUCCCCUACCCAGCACAGGGUCACAUAAACCCUAUUUUGAAGCUCGCCAAGAUCCUCCACCACCGAGGCUUUCACAUAACAUUCGUGCAUACUGAGUACAACCACAAGCGCUUGCUCAAGUCCAGAGGCCCGAGCUCUCUCGAGGGCUUGCCUAGGUUUCGCUUCGAAACCAUCCCUGAUGGCCUCCCAACGAGUGAGUCUGAUGAGGAUGUUACUCAACACAUACCUUCUCUCUGUGAUUCCACUUCCAAGAAUUGCUUGGCUCCAUUCAUGAACCUCCUGGGGAGACUGAAUGAAGGGUCCGUCGAUGAUACUGAGGUUCCGAAGGUGAGCUGUGUGAUUGCGGACGGCGCCAUGUCGUUUGCACUUGAUGCUGCCGAGAAGCUUGGAGUACCUGGUGUGCUGUUUUGGACUCCCAGUGCUUGCGGGGCUUUGGUCUAUACUCAGUACCAUAUGCUCCGAGAAAAAGGGCUAUUCCCCCUUAAAGAUGCAAGUUAUCUAACAAAUGGAUUCUUAGACACCACCAUAGACUGGAUUCCUGGUAUGAAAAACAUUCGUCUGCGUGAUCUUCCCAGCUUCAUCCGGACAACCGAUGCUAACGACAUCAUGGUCAACUACAUCAUCAGAGAGAUGGAAAGAACACACAAAGCCUCAGCAGUCAUCCUUAACACAUUCCAUUGCUUGGAAAAGGAUGUUCUAAUGGCUUUCUCUUCCAUAUUUCCGAAUCUUUACACCAUCGGUCCAAUCCACUUACUUCUCAAUAAAAUUGAAGACGACAACUCAUGUUGCAUAGGCUCAAAUUUGUGGAAAGAAGAUCCCGCCUGUUUAGGGUGGCUAGAUUCGAAAGAACCCAAUUCUGUGUUGUACAUAAAUUUUGGGAGCAUUGCCGUGAUAACGGGGGAGCAACUCAUCGAGUUUGCGUGGGGACUGGCUAACAGCCAAAAACCCUUCUUAUGGAUAAUGAGGUCCGACCUUGUCGCUGGUGACAUGGCGGUUCUGCCCUCGAAGUUCCUAGCGGAAACGAAGGAAAGAGGAAUGUUGGCGGGUUGGUGCCCGCAAGAGCGAGUGUUGAGGCAUCCUUCGGUCGGGGGGUUCUUGACGCAUUGCGGUUGGAAUUCGAUGCUGGAGAGCAUCUGCAGCGGAGUGCCGGUCCUGUGUUGGCCGUUCUUCGCAGAGCAACAAACUAACUGCUUUUAUAGCAAGAACGAAUGGGGAAUCGGGAUGGAGAUUGAUAACGAUGUGAAGAGAGACGAGGUUGAGAAGCUUGUGAGGGAGUUGAUGGACGGAGAGAAGGGCAGGGUGAUGAAGAAGAAGGCCAUGGACUGGAAGAGGAAGGCUGAGGAAGCCACUGAGCCUGGUGGGUCGUCUUAUGAAAACUUGGAGACGCUUAUGUCCCGAGUUCUUCUAAAGAAGCUGAACGGGUGAAAUCGAAGAUGAUCCUAUGUGAACACAAGCACAUUCUCUUAUAAUCUUAGCUAGUGGCCUUUUGACGGGCAUAUCAUACCUGUUCUGUAAUAAUCAUUGCACUCCAUGCAAUGGCGACACCUUCGACCCUCUUGCUGCGGCACGAGACAAAGAUGGACGAAGGGAUGUAAUCGAAUACACCAUCUGUCUUAACUUUCAUAUCCAUCGUCUAAAAAUUUUAACUACCAAUUAUAUGUAGUAGUUGAGGUCGGAUGUGUAUCUGAUGGGUUACACAGGCUGUGCACCAUAUAAAAAUUCCAAAAAGCCACUCUAGGAUUGACUUAAUGACAAGAGCAUUCUCAUUCUUUCGUUUCGAAA